ACUUCCACUGGUGGCUGCUUCGCUGUUUGGGCUGGAGAGGACUGGAUAAGACAGUUCCUCGUUGUACAGAGUCAAGGAAACGACCUCCUCAGUAAAUAUGCGGGCGGUUGUACAUGUGGACUGCAUUAUUCGUCCGUUUUACGCUUCGUUUUAGCUUCUCUCUGCGCAGGUAAGCUGCUGCUAAACUGUAAAGCUGCCUGUGUGUAAGAUUGUCAGUUGAGACCGAUUGACUGUGUAUGGGCCUCAGCAAAUGCUGUCUGGAGCAACAUACAGACUGCUGCGACAUUUUAAGGGUUUACCCACCACCUAAUGUUGUCUACUCGGGUCCUGUGAAAAUUCUGAGUUCCUGUGAUAUCAGCGAGUAACAUGUCCAUGUUCAGCACAGGCAUCCUUGUGCUGACGUCUCCUCUCCACACCCUUCCCUUACGCAUCGCUCCGGUGCUCAGCUCAGCUGCCCAGCUGGUGGACUGUACGCUGUAUGUCCACCUCCACCCGGGCCUCAACCUGGGCGGUGGGAGCCAACCUCGACCAGUUUUCAUUCCACCAGUAGUGGACCUGUCUGCGCUCAUCACCCGCCUUUACAGCAAUGCGGCGGACGUGUGUGGCCACCUGGAUGUUCGUGUUUUGCUGACUAAUGUCCGCGCUCAGUCAGCUGCCUGCAGCGGGACAAUGACUCCAAACUGCCCCUUUCCCACACCACAGUCUCUGUCUCACUCCCCGGAGGUGGUGCUAACAGACUUUGCUCUACAGGACCCAGGUCAGUCCCAUCAGGUUACACAGUGUCUGCAGAGAUACACCGGUCACUGCUACGUCUGCAGCCCCAGCCUGCCGUCAGUGCUGCUUCACCCACAACUAACAAGGCUGCAGGAGAAGGAGGAGGGCCUGAAAGAUCCUGAGGAAAAGGAAGAACCCCUGGAGACCUACACUGAUGUGGUAGUAGGGGGGACAUUUGACCGGCUCCAUGGGGCCCACAAGACGCUGCUCAAUAUCUCAUGCCUGUUGGCCAGUAGACGGUUCCUGAUUGGUGUGUGUGACCAAGCAAUGCUCAAAAAGAAAGUGCUAAAGGAGCUGAUCGAGCCCUACUCUCUGAGGGUCCAGAGACUACAGGAGUUCCUACAGGACACUAAACCGUCUCUACAGGUGGAGAUCGUUCCACUGGACGACCCCUUCGGAGUGUCUAUAAUUGAUCCCCAGCUGCAGUGCAUUGUUGUUAGCGAGGAGACUCGAAAGGGAGGCGAGGCUGUCAACAAGAAGCGGCUCGAAAAUGGCCUUCCAGCUCUUGUCCUCCAUGAGAUCCAGUUGCUUAAAGAUGCCCACCACACCGAAACAGAGGAGGAGAAGAUCAGCUCCUCCAGUCUGCGCUCUCGUCUGCUGGGAACCCUCCUCAUCCCGCCUAAAGAUGCAUCCCACCUCCCUCCCCUUCCGUAUGUGAUUGGUCUGACAGGAGGCAGCGGCAGUGGAAAGAGCUCCAUCGCCAGACAGCUGGAGGCCUUUGGUGCAGUUCGGAUCGACUGUGACAAACUGGGCCAUGAGGUGUACCAGCCCGGUGCAGCAGGAUAUCACAGAGUGCUAGAAGAGUUUGGGUCAGAUAUUCUGAAUGAAGAUAAAACCAUAAACAGACGUGCAUUGGGAAGGAAAGUUUUUGGAAACCAGGAGCGAUUAAAAGCCCUAACAGACAUUGUAUGGCCCGAGAUUGCACUUUUGGUGAAGAACAGAGUCAGCCAAGCCAGAGACGAAGGUAAAGAGGUUUGUGUGGUGGAUGCAGCAGUUCUUCUGGAGGCCAGCUGGACAGAUUUGGUCCAUGAGGUCUGGGUCUCCAUCAUCCCUGAGGAGGAGGCAGUGUUAAGGAUAACGGAGCGGGACGGUGUGACCACUGAAGAUGCAGUUCGCCGUCUGGAGAGCCAGUGGUCCAGCAGCAAGCAAGUGGAGCACGCUAACGUAGUGCUGAGCACGCUGUGGGAGCCAGAGGUGACCCGGAAACAGGUUCUGAAAGCUUGGAAUCUUCUUCAGAAGAGAAUCCAUCAGAGGCAAGAGGGGCAAUAGGAACAUGUGAGAGUCUCUACAUCAUGUCAGCGGUGAACAAGCAUGUGUCAAAUCCAGGGACACACGUGCACAAAAGACUGAUCCAUGUAAGGAAACACUGCCUUCGAAAGAAGUGAGACUGCUCACUGAACCAUCGUAGCAGAUCCAACAAGUUCCUUCACUUCUCUGACCAAGACUCAGUGCCUGAUCAUCUUUCUACAGGUUUUUAAAGUCUAGUUUUAUUUGAAAGAUGCUUAGUUGAAAGAUGGAUGGAUGAGGAAGAAGUGAGUUUAAAAAAAAAAAAAAAAAAGGUCCCCAACAACAUAAUUUUGGAAUUUUCACUCUGGAAUUCCUGUUUGGGAUCAAUAAAGUGUCAUAUUAACCGAACAACUGUAGGCCUGUUUUCAUCCAAAGAUUUUUUUAAUGGAAUCACACACCUUCAAAUGAAUACUGUUCUUUUUAUGACACAGAAAUCCUCGAGGGUCAAUCCAGAUCAGCAGAUCCAAAAAUGUUGGGCAAAAUGUCUUCUAAUUACACUUUACAAGUCCUGUCUUCUUUCCAUAUUUCUAAUUCUGCGCUUCCAUAGAAAAGCAAAUGAUAAAGAGAAAGUGAGGUCAUGUUAAAAGACUGUCACUAGUAAAUUGUAGAAUUGAAUGAUUAAUCUUUGUUCGUUCAGGGUUGAGAAUAUUUUAACAAAUUUCUAUCAUUGUCUAAUGGGGAAUAAUAAAUUACUGAACAUUGUAGAAAUAUAUGCAGCAGAUGAUACUUUGUAGUAAGACCUGUAUAGAUGUUACAUUUAAUGAAUUUUAGAUAAAUAAAUACUUUGAGUUAGGAGCGAUAAGUGAUAUAUGUAAAAUUAAAUGUUGAUGUGUAAAUAAUACACAUAUGGUAUAAAUACUCAGUGCCAGUAGCAAUCAGUUCGGUUAUGUCUCCACCUCCCCAAAGUUGCAUUUUCAGUGUAAUUCAUCUGCCAAAAACAGACAAAAUACACAAACAAAACAUAGUUCUUAAAAACUUCUAUAGAUAUUUGAAUAUCAGUAGGAAUUAUGAAUUCACCUGGACAAAUCUGAUGAUAUGACAGCCCUAAAUUGGACAGUGUAAAAGCCUGAUAUGACUAAAGGAUCAGUGUAUGGAUUACUACUGGAAAACGCCUGAAUUGUUAUUUCACUGUAGUAAAUUAGUGAAUGUGGCCAGUGGACUAACUACAUGAUUCCUUAAAUGAAAUCGUUUACACAUUAAUGAAAAGACAUCUCUUAAAGUCCAAUCCACAAAAAUGCACUCUACAGUCUGCUGUAUUUUCUCUUACCAGAGCCAGUUUGCAUCUUUCUGCGUGAGUUUGCCAGAAUAUUUGAGUAUUCAUGUCUCUGAAAGCACCUGAAAAGCCUCCAGGGGGCUGCUGAGCGUAAACUGUUAUGCAUCAUACGCCACAGUAUAACUAUAACCAGAACAGUCUUCUGCUUUAUUAUAAGGCUUGUUCAGUGUUAUUAACGGUUUCACGUGUCUUUUUACUGACUUGCAUGUCAUCUGCUAACUCACUGGACUGCUUUAAAUUUGCACAGAACAUUAAAUGAAAUGUUUCCAUCUAUAA